AUGGAUUUUGUAUCCAAGUACCAGGGUGUUGUUGGACGUGUAUUUGGAAAUGAAAAUUCGAAUUCAAGUGAAGACAGUCAUGUCGAGCGCUUGCUGGAUCGCAUUAGCAACGGUGUGCUGGCUGAGGACAGGAGGAGUGCCAUGGCUGAACUUCAGGCAGUUGUGGCCGAAACUCAUGCUGCCCAGAUGUCUUUUGGGGCAAUGGGUUUUCCAGUACUAUUGAGUGUUUUAAAGGAGGAGCGAGAUGAUGUCGAAAUGGUGCGAGGCGCACUAGAAACUCUUGUAAGCGCCUUAAGUCCAAUUGAACAUGCAAAAGCAUCAAAGAAUGAAAUUCAACCUGCUUUAAUGAACAGUGAUUUACUUGCAAGAGAAGUGGAUAGUAUCUCUCUUCUAUUGAGUCUGCUGUCAGAGGAAGACUUCUAUGUCCGAUAUUAUACUUUGCAGUUGUUGACCGCGCUUCUAACAAAUUCUCAGAAUAGGCUGCAAGAAGCUAUUCUUAUGAUUCCCCGUGGUAUCACAACACUCAUGGAUAUGCUUAUGGAUCGUGAGGUGAUACGCAAUGAGGCAUUAUUACUUCUAACGUAUCUGACGCGGGAGGCAGAGGAAAUACAAAAAAUCUUGGUCUUUGAAGGUGCUUUUGAGAAGAUUUUUGGCAUCAUCAAAGAGGAAGGAGGUUCUGAAGGCGGUGUUGUUGUGCAGGAUUGUCUGGAACUAAUGAACAACCUUCUCCGGAAUAAUGCCUCAAAUCAGGUAUUGCUUAGGGAGACAAUUGGUUUUGACCCUUUAGUAUCAAUUUUGAAGCUCCGAGGAAUCACCUAUAAGUUCACUCAGCAGAAGACAAUUAAUCUACUCAGUGUAUUGGACACCGUUAAUUUGCUAAUACUUGGAGGUGGCCAACAAACUGAUCCUGGAAGAGACACCAAUGCGUUUGCAAAUAAAACAGUCUUGGUGCAGAAAAAGGUGUUGGACCAUCUCUUAUUGCUGGGAGUUGAGAGUCAAUGGGCUCCUGUUGCGGUCCGUUGUACGGCACUUCAAUGCAUUGGUGAUCUAGUCAUCAAUCAUCCUAAAAAUCGUGAUGCCCUUGCAAGUAAAUUACUAGGGGAGGAGCCCGACGUUGAAGCUGCAUUGAAUUCUAUCCUUCGGAUUAUCUUGCGGACUUCUAGCGUGCAAGAGUUCAUAGCAGCUGACUAUGUCUUUAAGUGCUACUGCGAGAACAAUCCUGAUGGUCAAGCAAUGUUGGUUUCAACUUUAAUUCCCCAACCACAUUCAUUUCUCAAUGCCCCUCUUGAGGAGGAUGUCCACAUGUCAUUUGGAAGCAUGCUAUUGCAUGGUCUGAUUCUAAGUGAAAGUGAUGGUGACCUCGAGACUUGCUGCAGAGCUGCAAGCGUCCUAUCUCAUGUUUUGAAGGAUAACAUUCGGUGUAAAGAGAAGGUUCUCCAAAUUGAACUUGAAGCACCAAUGCCAUCUUUAGGGGGCCCAGAGCCUCUAAUGCACCGCAUGGUGAAGUACUUGGCACUUGCCUCUUCCACGAGUAAAGACGGAAAAUCUAGAUCCUCCGGGCCCACGUAUGUCCAGCCGAUUGUUUUGAAGCUACUAGUCAUCUGGCUCUUUGACUGCCCAAGUGCUGUUGAGUGCUUUCUUGACUCACGCCCUCAUCUCACUUACUUGCUCGAGUUAAUAUCUGAUCAAACUGCAACUGUAUGUGUAAGGGGUUUGGCCGCGGUGCUGUUAGGGGUGUGCGUGAUAUAUAAUAAAUCCGUUGAAAACAGAAAGAAUGCUUUUAGCAUUGUCGACUCCGUAAGCCAAAAAAUCGGGCUUUCCUCGUACUUUGUGAAGCUUGAUGAAAUGCAGAAGAGUCUGGUUUUCACAUCCGCAAAGCCAAGCCUUGCUCGUAAACCUUUGACUCGCUCUAUUGCUGCUGACAUGUCUGAGAUUGAUGACGUUGACGAAAACGAAUAUGGUGAGCUGAAGGGUGAGGACCACCCGUUGCUGGCUAUGGUGCUAGAUUCCCAGUUUGUUUUCUUUGUGAAGGAGUUGGAGGGGAAGAUUAGAGAACAGGUUGUGGAAACUUACAGUCAUCCGAAAAGCCAGGUGGCGGUGGUCCCCGCGGAAUUGGAACAGAGUAGCGGGGAGAGUGAUGCGGAGUACAUCAAGCGGCUGAAAAGGUUUGUGGAGAAGCAAUGCCUUGAGAUACAGGACCUUUUGAGUCGAAACGCAACUCUUGCUGAGGACCUCGUGAGAAGGGGGGGCCGGGACGUCGACUCGUCACAGCUCGAACACCGGACGAGUGACGGAUCUGAAAGAGUUGUGAUGGAGACCCUACGGCGAGACCUCCAUGAGAUGUCCCAAAGAAUGGAAAACCUGAAAGCUGAGAAAGCCAGAGUCGAGGCAGAGUCCUCCAACCACCAGAACUCCGCAGCCAAACUUGAAACCGACCUCAAAAGCCUUUCCGAUGCUUACAACAGCCUUGAGCAGGCCAACUUUCAUCUAGAGCGCGAACUGAAAGCCCUCAAGAGUUCCGGGUCUGUGCCCACACUAGAUAUAGAGGAAAUCAAAGCGGAAGCUCGGGAAGAAGCUCAGAAGGAGAGUGAGGCCGAACUGAGCGACCUGCUUGUUUGUCUCGGGCAAGAGCAAAGUAAAGUUGAAAAGCUUAGUGUGAGGCUGAUGGAGUUGGGGGAGGAUGUGGAAAAGCUGCUUGAGGGCAUUGGGGAUGAAGCUGGGCCUCAGGAUGAUGAUGAUGAUGACGGUGAUGAUGAUGAUGAAGAGUGA